AUGCCAUCUUUUACUCUCCAACAGGUUGCCCAACACAAGUCCCAAAAUUCUUGUUGGGUUAUAAUCAAAAACAAGGUUUACGAUGUUACUGAAUUUCUUCCGGAACAUCCGGGAGGAGCUGCCAUCAUUCUCAAAUACGGAGGUCGAGAUGCAACUUCCGCCUAUGAGCCGAUUCAUCCCCCCGAUGCGCUUGAUAAAAAUCUUCCAGCAUCAAAGCACCUUGGAUACCUAAAUGGCGAAUCUAUCAACAUCCUACAGCAAGAGAAAUUGAAGGCUAAGAAAACGAAAGAUGAACGCAGAGUGGAACUCGCUCGCCAAAGAAUGCCCCCCUUAAGUAGGAUUCUCAGUUUAAUGGACAUGGAGAAUGUCGCUCGACAGGUGUUAUCGCAUAAAGCGCUAGCAUAUUAUUCUUCGGCCUCAGACGAUGAAAUCACCAACAGCGAAAAUGCGAGAGCUUUUACCCGGUUCUUCUUCCGUGCUCGAGUUAUGCGUGCCGUAGCUCACUGCGAUCCUUCAACUACAAUACUGGGAUUUAGAUCCUCAAUCCCUGUAUUCGUCAGCGGGGCUGCACUCGCCAAGUUGGGACACCCUGACGGUGAACUGAACAUCACAAGAGCUGCGUGCAAGGAAGGCAUUAUACAGAUGAUCUCGUCCAAUUCAUCGUUUUCCGCAGCUGAUAUCAUGGCAUCAGCGGAUCAGUCUCAAACCCUCUUUUUCCAAUUGUAUAAGCAUCGGGAUGACGACAUUGCAGAAAGGCGGGUCCGCGAGAUGGAAAACCUGGGUUACAAAGCAAUUUUCUUGACUGUUGACGCCAUAGUCGCUGGUAAUCGUGAAAGAGAUAUCCGAAGUCCGUGGAUUUUGGAAGAACAAGAAUCUGGACCUGUAUAUUUUGCGUCGGGAACAAGUGACGAGCCAAAGGAUGGCGUUAACGUCUUUGGAACGGCGGGAGCAUUAGUCGCUAAUGAUGACCGAGAUAUGACCUGGGAAAAGACAAUUCCAUGGCUAAGAAGCAUCACCAAAUUGCCUAUUGUCAUCAAAGGGAUUCAAUGUGUAGAGGAUGCUAUUCUCGCUGCGGAAGCCAAGGUCGACGGAAUUCUUCUGUCAAACCAUGGAGCUCGAUGCAGCUCUUUACCUCCUCUGGAAGUCUUGUAUUCUAUCCGUCAACAACAUCCUGAAAUAUUUGACAAAUUGGAAGAUUCUCUGUUUUCUGACCCGCUUGCAGGCGGUAUUCGCCGUGGGACUGAUAUCAUAAAGGCCGUGUGCUUAGGAGCGAAAGCAGUUGGCCUGGGGAGACCAUUCCUUUAUGCACAAAGCGCCUACGGACAAUCUGGCGUAUCUAAGAUAAUUGAGAUAUUAAGGCGAGAAGUUGUAACCGCGAUGCGUUUAGUUGGUGCUUCAACAAUUCGGGACCUGCGUCCUGAAAUGGUCCAACGGGUUGACUGGCACCCACAUGUGCAUGUAAAACUUUGA